AUGAAUCCAUCCAAUUCACCUGCUUUUUACGAUAUUAUUUACGACGAUACAGAUUGUCCAGAAGGAAUUGAAAGUGAUGCAAUACCGGAUUAUGUUUAUUUUGGUCCAAUGAUUGCAACGAUGGCUGUUCGUAGGCACAGCGAAUGUGUUGCACAAUGUGUUACUCAUACGAAAUGUGUUGCGGUGAAUUUCUUUGAACCAAUAACAUUUCAGGAAAAUGGUUUUUGCGAGUUACUUUCACAAACACAACUCGAUAAUCCACGAUUAAUGCGACGAUUUAGGAAAGCAAUUUAUUUUGAAAAUAUUAAAUGCCGCGAGAAAUCCAAUGAUGUUGUUCUUGGUGAUGUUGUUCAUAAUGAUAAUAAUAAUAACAAUGAUAAUAUUACAACCGAUAAUGAACAAUCAUCUAAUAUUAACUCGCAUACAGGUUUUUAUUAUUUAUUAAAAUAA